UCAAGCCGUCUAUCUUGGUCUAGCUCAACAAGCAACGGCAGCGCGAGAGCAAUCCGAUUCAGCAAUCAUGCGGUCGCGCGAAGAAUACGACCAUACGCUUCGCGCCUCCCUCCCAGAGAAAGAUCCUUAAAUGACCCACGGCCACUGAGGAGCUCGCGCUUUCCCAUCCGGAUCAUGGCAUGCGCCCCAUCCUGGACUUGCACACGCGCGGCGCCGAGGCUCGACAGCAGUGAACAUGGGGAUCAGGUCCAGAAAUGCCGCUAACGGCGCCGAGGACCCGCGCGAGCGGAAGAGCGCGUUGGCUGGAGAGCUAGAGCAGUGCGCGGGGCAGGAGCGGGACGGCGCGCUGCUGCUAGUCAGCUCGGGAAGGGAGCCGGACUUCAAACGGGGCUCGCAGAACAUUGGUCUGCUCGCCAAGACGCCCCUGGGCUACACGCGACCCGUGAAGAGGAAUAACAUCAGAAAACGACGCAUCCAGAACCUCAUCUACGACGUGCUCGAGAGACCACGAGGAUGGGCGCUGCUCUACCACGCGUUCGUGUUUCUGAUUGUUUUAGGAUGUCUGAUUUUGUCAAUUUUAACAACGUUCAAAGAACACGAGAAAGACUCCGCUCACUGGCUGGUGAUACUGGAGACAUUUACAAUCUUUAUUUUUGGGGGGGAGUUUGCAUUGAGGAUCUGGGCCGCCGGCUGCUGCUGUCGAUAUAAGGGCUGGAGAGGGCGACUCAAAUUCGCCCGCAAACCGCUGUGUGUUCUGGAUAUCUUUGUGCUGAUCGCUUCGGUACCUGUGGUUGCCGUACGUAACCAGGGAAAUGUGUUGGCCACGUCGCUACGCAGCCUGCGUUUCCUGCAGAUUCUGCGGAUGCUACGAAUGGACCGCCGUGGAGGAACCUGGAAACUGCUGGGAUCUGCAAUAUACACACACAGCAAGGAGCUGAUCACAGCAUGGUACAUCGGUUUCCUGUCGUUGAUCCUGGCGUCCUUCUUGGUAUACCUGGUUGAGAAGGAUGAUGCCACCACCACCAUAGAGCUAACAGACAGUGAGGGCCCCUCCCCAACACCUGCCCCACAGGACUUUGACACCUAUGCAGACGCCCUCUGGUGGGGACUGAUCACCUUGACAACCAUUGGUUAUGGUGACAAGACCCCAAAGACAUGGGCAGGGCGUCUUCUGGCCGGGACCUUCGCUCUUAUUGGUGUGUCGUUCUUUGCACUGCCAGCUGGUAUUCUCGGUUCUGGGCUGGCUCUGAAAGUUCAGGAACAGCACAGACAGAAACACUUUGAAAAGCGAAGACAUCCUGCGGCUUCAUUAAUACAGGCUGCAUGGAGAUACUACUCCACUAACCCAGUCAGAGAAGAUCUCAUCGCCACAUGGAGAUUCUAUGAAACAGUGAUCUCUCUGCCAUGCUUCAGGAAGGAUCCUCUUGAGGUUAUGGCCAGUCAGAAAUUGAGUUUGCUGGAACGUGUGCGGUUAUCGACUCCGAGGCCAUCAACAGUAAGGGCACGUGUGAUGAUGUCUGCUGUGAAUCCUGACAGCAUGUUAGGAAACUGCGGGCCUGCAGAGGCAAUCGAGGAGAGCCCAUCAAAAGAGGGAAAACCAGCCGGCUUCAGUAACAGAGAGAGAUUCAGAACUGCUUUUAGAAUGAAGGCCUACACCCUGAGACAGAGCUCUGAGGGUAUUCAACAAUCUUAUGCAAGUGGUUUGCCUGACCCCACCCCUGAGGAGAAGGGCUUCCCACCUGAAAUACUGUUGGAGGAGAUGAUUCCAACUCUCAAAUUAGUGAUAAGAGCAGUCCGGAUCAUGAUGUUCCUGUUGAGUAAGAAGCGUUUUAAGGAGACUCUGAGGCCGUAUGAUGUAAAGGAUGUGAUUGAGCAGUACUCUGCAGGACAUUUGGACAUGCUUACCAGAAUCAAAUAUCUACAGACACGAUUAGAUCUGAUUCUGACGCCUGGUCCACCUCUCACUCCAAAACACAAGAAACCCCAAAAAACACCAUUUCCGUAUCCCUCCCAGCAGUCACCUAGACACGAGUCAUAUCUUGCCAAAGCAGGCCUGCCAGAUCCUGAAGACCAAAGCAUGAUGGGUAGAUUUGUGCGGGUUGAAAGACAGGUGGAAGACAUGGAGAAGAAGCUGGAUUUCCUGGUGGAUAUGCAUAUGCAACAUGACCUCACAGGCCCUGCCCACAUUACCAUGGAGCGCUGUGACCCCACUUUGACUGUCAGUGUUGCAGGAGACCACGUGUACUGCAGUUAUGCUCCCCCAUCACACAAUACACUAUAUUACACACACUUGCCCUCGAACACACCCCCUCCAAGGCCCACCGUCCUUCCCAUUAGCCCAUUACCAAGCCAAUCUCAGACCUCCAAUGUCAGCCAAUCAGGAGGCCACAGGGUGGGCACACCACUUUCGUUGUUGUCGGUCACUCAUGAGGAGCUGGAACGUUCGCCCAGCGGGUUCAGCAUCUCGGCCGAGAAAGAGGAGGUCACAGGCAAGGCCUCCGGGGUAACAGCAGGGUCAAGUUGGGGUCGCGACCACCGCUAUUUGGCCGAGGGGGAGACGGAUACGGACACUGAUCCCUUUACCCCCAGCGGACCUGUUCCACCCUCGGCCACCGGAGAUGGGUUCCACUCCGAUGGAGCGUGGGGAACGCCACCCUAAAGACAUGGACACACAAACACUGCACAUUCUUUCACACGCCCAUACACACACAUUCUUUAUAAAGACUGCAGACUUUGUACAGCAAAAACUACAUAUAAACACGCACACAGACAUACUAUUCAUCAUAUCUAAAUAUGUAUCCACUUCACGCUUUACCCCUGCAAAGCAAAAGAGCACUGCAUGGAAUGCAUGCAUUUUAUCUCUAUUGGUAGACACUGCACUUGCAGAGUGAUUAUAAUUGACUGGAAACUUUAGAAAGGAAAAAAAAACAGAUGCUAUGCCAUUUUUGUAAACAUUUUAUUUUUCUAAUUACACAUUUUUUCAUAUGCAUGGAAUGCAUGACUCAUCCACGGAGCAGCUAAAUGUACUGAUGUCUCCACUGGUGUGCACUUGCCUUUGUUUCUAAUAGUUGCGUUUGAGGAGAAAUUGCACAGGCAUCUUCCUCGGCACCAUUUUUAAGUUUACGGCUGAGAUUCUAGAAACUGUUUUUUACUGACUCACAGCUUAUAUCCUAAAUGACACACUGGCCAGCGUGAACUGCACUGUCCGGGGCAUCUCUUGAGCACACUUAUAAUUUUGCAGAAUGAAGAUGUUGCGUGAAAUCACAACUUGCUGUUUAAGGACCAAAAGCAAAGCUGAGAUUCUUCUCAGCCUCAGUUAGGAAUUUUUUGUGUGGAAAAUCCCUGUCUGGCCUUAACUAAACCAAUGAUCACAUCCCCUUCUGUGAGUGGCACAUUAAACUGCCAGUUAUAUGGCUUUGUUCAGACAGGCAGCAAAAAUCUAAUUUUUUUGUAUAUCCAACUCAAAUCUUUUUAGAUUUUUUUGUAGUUAAAAAAAUAAAUAAAAAAAAUAUAUAAAAUCCAAUGUUUACAAACCCAGUCCAAGCAACCUCCAUAGGUGGUUUGCAGUCCUAUUUAAGACUGAUUUGUAGGAAUGUGUUUCAGUCUGAACGGUCAGAUCGGACUUCAAGUCAUUUAAAAAUUCUUUGGGACACACAAUGUGUAUGUAACAACAUACAAAAUGCACAGUAUUGUCUGGAGAUGUCCCCUAAUUUACUCAUUUUUGCUUUCUGCACUUAGUAAACUAGAUAGUGAAUGAGUGAACAAGUUUUGGUCUCUCAAGCACCUCUUGGGUUGAGUGCUGCGGCAUGAUGUCAUGAUAGAUGAGAGUAAAGCACAUUUUCCAUCCUCUGUUUCCACAAUGACAGCUACUCUCUAUUGUAGUAUGUGAAAGACUAGUACUUAUCGUACUUAUGCUUACAUCAUUACUAUAGCAACCGGUUUAGAUACAGUACAUUGGAUAUUGACUACACUUGCAAAAUGGCUGUGCAGACAGUCAGUUCUAAGGGUUUGAAAACCAAGUUGGAUUUUUGUGCAGUGUGAACAAAGCCAAAGAAUAUUGCCACUUCAACAUGAAACAAACAUUCCCAUGGUAACCACAGCUUCCUUAUGGUUACCAUACAUCAAUCUCACAAAUCAUUCCAGAGCAGGACAGGGAUUUGUAGUCACGUAGAGCCCAAUUGACUGUGGGAACGUAUAACGUAUAACUUUACCCCUAUACAGCAGAAUGAUUUUGUUUUGUUUUUUUAACAUAGACCAUCUUAACAAUUGUAUUUUUUGUUUGUUUGUUUUUUAACAGAUUACAGUAAUUAAUUGUAAAAUGUCCAAAACCAAUACUUAGGUCUUCCAAAUGGUUUCAUGUUGAACAUGUCCUUUCACUGUUCAAAUGUGACUUCACCAUCAAGGUUAUGAGUACCGCUUAUCUACUCCCUUUAAUGUUUUUUUUGUUUUUUUACUUUUCUACAAUGUCUAAAUUUAACACCAUAAUUAGUGUCCGAUCAGAAAACAUACUUUUUUCAGCACUGAACCGAGUAUAUCUUGACUAAGAUCAACCAAAAAAAAAAAAAAAAAAAGGUUCAAGGCUUCAUUGCCAGUAAUUUUUUUGUCUUUGUCAAGUCCAGUGUUAAAUAAGUGUAGGUUUGAACAGCUGAUCAUGUUUUUCCAGUCACUGUUGUUAUAAUGCCUGUCUUCAUUGUCUAAAAUAGUUCUGUUUUACUUGUCUCAAUAACCUGGACAAGUAAUUGCUGACUCAAGGGACUUGAUGCUCAACAAAUGAAUUGCGCAAAUGUAAAAAAAAUAAAAAUAAAUGCAACACAUGCAUUUAAGGUUUGAAAAAAUAAUUAGUUCUCCGUUUUUAAAAUAGAAGCUAUAUAUCUGUAACAAUCAAGACUAUGAAUUCAGAGAACGAAAGAGAACAAAAGCCAUAAUAUGAAGAUUAACAAUUAUUCCUAAUCCUAUUUACAUUUAUUUUAUUGCAAAUGGAUUUAACCAUGCUUUUUUGUUGUUCGUCCUUCUUUUUCUACUCUAUGACUGGGGUUUUGAUGAGGUCAGGGCAGUAAUGAGAAAUAUUUUGAUGAAUGAGUUAAAUGAGCUGUGUAAAAACCUUUGAUCAUGUGACUAUAAACUCACAAACAGAGUGCUAUCUCAGACUAAACACUGCUGCUCAUCAUUAUCUCACACUAAACACUGCUUUCCAUUCUUCAACUAAACUCAACUAUCCAUUUUCUCUGACUAAAAUUUUCAUUUUAAAAUAGACUAAACAUUGGCAUCAAUCUAUAAAUUUAACUCAACUGUCCAUUACUUUAGACUAAACACA